UUUGAACUACGACGGGAAAAAUCCCCAAUUUUUUGGCCUCCUCCGCCUUCCCCCUCGUCGCCUCUCGAAGAAAAAACCCUAGAUCCCCACCCCGGCAUCCCCCCCAAGGCGGAGGCGGACCAAAGCUGCGAUCUUUUCUUCGAAUUGUCCGGACAUUGUCUCUGCGACCGACUAUGAUCGUUCAGGUUUCUUGCAUUUGAUUUGGCGGUUGAAGAUACGAUACCUUGGCUUGCCUGCGCGUUGGUUGAUGUUGCGUCGCUCUUGAUGGUGUUUUCUGGAGGGGACAUUGUUUGUGUCGUGCUGCGAGCUGAUUUGAUGCGGAGGUUGAGCUGCAGAUGCGAUGAAAAGGGUAGAUUGUGGGUGGAAGGUUGAUCCAAGACACGAUGGAUACGAAAAGGAUCGUGCUUUUCCUCUUUUGUCUGAUUUUUUUCCCUGUUCUGGUGGUGAAAGAAUCAGCGGGGAGGCUGGGAGGGGAGGGAUUGUCAUUGGCUUUGGGAGAUGCUAGGUUGAUGAGUCCCCCCAUGAUGCACGAGGACACGGGUGUGAUGCGUGUUUCUAAAGUCAUAAGAUCUCUCUCACCAGACAUAAAGCAUGCAGUUUUCAAAUGCCUAAUUAGGAAAGGAUUCCACUUCGAUGUUUUUGAAGAUGAGCAUAAACUGAAAAAUCUGUAUAUGGAAUGCUUGGACUUCAUACUUACUCUUCGUCCUGUUCCAAGAAGACAUUUAGCAGAUCAACCUCCAACUGCUGCACCUGCCUUGUCUCCAGCUGCCGGACCAUCUCCUCCUCCAGCUUCAUCACCCGAUGCUAGAGCUGAACCACAAACACCUAGUCCUACUCCAUCACAAGAUUCUGAUCUAGCAUCAGCAAGCUCUUCAUUCCCUAAUGAGUCCUUCUCAGAUUUGCCAAGUGACAUCCCUCCACCAAAAGGUCCAAAACCAUCCAAAAAGAAACGACAUGCUGCUCCACAUGCACCCAAGGAAGAGGAAAACAACCAAACAAAAUUAGUUAUCAUCGCUGUAGUGAUAUCUUCAGCUGUGACAUCUCUUCUUCUUGCAUGUGUAUUCUGUUGUUAUCGGAAAUGUUGUAGGGAAAGCAAUGACUCAUUUAGUGGAAGGGAUGAGAGGCCCCUCUUGCAUCUAAGCUUAAGUGAUUUGUCUGGUACGUCAAGUAAGUCAUUUGGACCAAUUGGUUCGAAUCAUAGUGAUAAUUUUGGAGGGUUGCCACUUAAAAAUGGACCACUCCAAAAUGGUCAUGUAUUUUCCUCAGAUCUCAACUCAGACAAUACCUUACUACCUGACAGACUAUCAGGAUAUUCCCAUACUUCAAGUAUUCCAUCGUUUGGACAUAAAGACACUUCUGAAACAAAAGCAUCACUUCCUCCUCCGCCUGGUAGGCCUACUCUUUCAACUGUUGUUCCACCUCCACCUGCUGCUAUCCCUCCUCCACCUGCUGCUAUCCCUCCUCCACCUGCUGCCAUCCCUCCUUCACCUGCUGCCGUCCCUCCUCCACCUGCUGCUCCUCCUCCUCCUCCAUCUGCUAUGCCUCCUAGUAAGGCGGCUCCUCCACCUCCUGCUCCACGACCACCAUUGUCUAACCAAAAGCCUGGUGCUGGGCUUCCACCACCACCACCGAAAGCUGCACUUCCUCCUCGUCAAUCUCAAGGAAGUUCAAGAACCAUACGACCACCAAUUGCACCCAAUCCAGGAAGCCUUGGUGCAGCUGGUAAUGGCAAUAGUUCUAAAACAAAGCUGAAGCCAUUCUUUUGGGAUAAAGUUCUUGCAAACCCAGAUCAGUCCAAUGUCUGGAAUCAGAUUAGAUCAGGAUCUUUCCAGUUCGACGAAGAGAUGAUAGAAACACUAUUUGGCUACAAUGCUGCUGGUAAAACCAGAGUUGAAAUAAAGAAGCAAUCAACCACUGGUGAUCCUCCUAUACAGUACAUUCAGCUUCUUGACCCCAAGAAAUCACAGAAUUUGGCAAUAUCAUUAAAGGCUCUGAGUGUCAAAAAACAAGAAGUCCAUGAAGCACUCAUGGAAGGAAAUGAGCUUCCUAGUGCUCUUCUGCAAACAUUGUUGAGGAUGCAACCAACCACCGACGAAGAGUUGAAACUUCGGCUGUAUAAUGGUGAUUUGUCCCUACUGGGGCCAGCAGAACAAUUCCUAAGGGACUUGGUUGAUAUUCCUUUUGCCUAUAAAAGGAUGGAUGUCUUGCUAUUUAUGUCUUCUCUACAUGAAGAUGUCUCAAGCAUAAAGGAUUCAUUUGCGACUCUUGAGGUAGCUUGCACAGAACUCAGAAGCAAUCGUCUGUUCUUAAAGCUAUUAGAAGCUGUUCUUAAAACUGGCAACCGCAUGAAUGAUGGCACCUACCGUGGAGGUGCUCAGGCAUUUAAGCUUGACACGCUCUUGAAGUUGUCAGAUGUUAAGGGUGCUGAUGGGAAGACCACUCUGUUGCAUUUUGUUGUCAAAGAGAUGAUUCGCUAUGAAGGUAUACGUGCUGCACGUGUGGCAAGACAAAGUGGUAGCAUGUCCAGCCUGACAAAUUACAGCUUUUUCACUGAUGAUGUAUCUGAAGAUUCGCUUAAAGAAUCUGGAGACGAAUUGCGUAAUCUUGGCCUUACGGUUGUUUGUGGUCUUAGCGGUGAGCUUGAGAAUGUCAAGAAGGCAGCUGGAUUGGAUGCCGAUGCCAUAACAGGUACAGUGGCAAGCUUUGGUCGCAGGUUGAUAGAGAUCAAGCAGUUUCUGAACACAGACAUGAGAAAUCUGGAAGAGGUUAGUGGGUUUCACGAUACCCUCAAGUAUUUCGUAGAGCAUGCUGAGGCUGCCAUAACUUUCUUGUUGGAAGAAGAAAGGAGAAUAAGAUCCUUGGUGCAGAGCACCACAGAUUAUUUUCAUGGGAGUGCAGCAAAAGAUGAAGGUUUACGGCUAUUUGUUAUCGUGCGAGAUUUUCUUGGCAUGAUAGAUAAGACAUGCAAAGAAGUAAGGGAAUCAUCUAAGAAAGUUUCAAAGGCACCAAAAGCUAAGGACAGUGCAACUGCAAAUCCUACUCCUGAUCCCCGACAGCGACUAUUUCCUGCAAUUACGGAUCGGCGGGUAGACAGUUCCAGUUCAGAUGAAGAGGGGCCCUAAAAUUUUGUCAGAAAAAGGUGGAAUCUGAAGCUUAUCAUGUUAUCAGCUACCUGGGAUAUUCUGGCCAUAAGCUUCUGUCUGGAUUAUGCAAGACCAAACAAACUAUGACUUGUUGAACCUGAUCCCUCUGCCAGUUCCAGCACAUAGAUCACAGGAAGAAUCAAGAAAGGUUCGAACAAGAACGAUAUGGUAUUCGACCCGAGGGGGGUGGGGAGCACUCAAAGCACCAUGAUAUGAAGGAUAUGUAGAACCCUCAGCUGUUACCAAAAUUUCUGGUCUAACCAGCUAAUCCAUGGGAGCACAUGUAUUCUAUUUUUGUAAGUAAUGAUAGGAAUAUAAAGAAAACAAUUAGGUUGUUUUUUAGCCCUGGUUUUGGACAUAGCUUCAACUCAUAUAGAAUCUUCAUUAGGUGCUCUUUCUUUUCUUGUACAACAGUGCUAAAAUUUCUGGGUGUAA